AUGUCGCAAUAUUUUGCCUCCAGGCAAGCAGCCCUCGCCAUCGUCCUUGCACUUGUAAUGCUGCCGGUGAUCUUGACCAUACCCUUCUCCAUCUUUUUUGAUACCCGCACCUACCGUCCAUUAUAUCUGGCUGCGCAAAACCCACCGAGCGCGCUCCCUCAGAAAGCAACGGCAAACGACCUCAAGUGGCAGCCUGUUCUAGACUUUGGGAACGAUGGGUGUUAUAAUGUCCCGGCAAUCGAUGCCGCGGGAAAUAUUGUGAAAGGUCUGGAUCACGACUGGGCCAGCACCUCAGAGGGUUGUCAUGAUGAAUCGGACCUGGAUAACAACAACGUAUACUCUCGUCAACGUUGCAACAAUGGCUGGUGCAUCUAUAUCUACGACUAUUAUUUUGAAAAGGACGUGGCCAUCCCGCAUUUCCUUGACACUGGACAUAAACAUGACUGGGAGCAUGUCGCCGUCUGGGUAUCAGACAAUAAGGUCCAGUAUGUGGGUGCUAGUCAGCAUGGCAACUAUGAGGUUCGCCCGGCAUCUGACGUACUAUUUGAGGGCAACCGACCAAAGAUGGUAUAUCACAAGGAUGGCGCAUCAACGCACUGCUUCCGCUUUGCUACCAAGGACGAUGAAGAGAUCAAGAACGCCAAGGGAGUCUGGUUCCGGGGAGAUCUCGUGUCGUACAAUGGGUUCCCGAGUGGAAUACGAGACAAGCUUUACGCUCACGACUUUGGAAAAGCCAACAUUGCCCUCAAAGAUUCUUCAUUCCCCAACCAGAUUGAGAAAGCCAAACCCGACAACAUCAAGUUCGAUAUUAACCUAGAUGAAAGCUCACCUGGCUAUCCUUAA